GCCCAAUGAGAAGCCCUUUCUCUCCUCCCUCCCUCCCAAACACAUCCCUUGGUCAGCCAAGAAGACUUCUUUUUCUUGUGAGAGGCAUGUCCAGGCCAGUGGAACCCCUAGUUGUUGGGAGGGUGAUUGGAGAGGUUCUGGACUCUUUCAGACCCAGUGUGAGGAUCAUGGUCACCUACAGCUCCAACAAGCUGGUCUUCAAUGGCCAUGAGUUCUACCCUUCUACAGUCACAUCAAGGCCCAGAGUCGAGGUGCAGGGUGGUGACAUGAGGUCCUUCUUCACACUGGUAUGCUUCCAAACCCUAGUCUCGAGGAGAGACACACCGAGCAUCUAUCUACACUCACCUUGUGCUGUGGAAUUGUUUCAGGUUAUGACAGAUCCAGACGUCCCAGGGCCAAGCGAUCCAUAUCUCAGGGAGCACCUGCAUUGGAUUGUGACCGACAUUCCAGGCACAACAGAUGCUUCUUUUGGAAGGGAGGUGGUGAGCUACGAGAGCCCCCGGCCGAACAUUGGCAUCCACAGGUUCGUCUUCGUGCUCUUCAAGCAGAAGCGACGGCAAGCCGUCAGCCCGCCGGCCUCGAGGGACCGCUUCAGCACGCGCCGUUUCGCCGAGGAGAACGGCCUCGACCUCCCCGUCGCCGCCGUCUACUUCAAUUCUCAGCGGGAGACCGCUGCCAGGCGGCGAUAGAGAGCCAUCGUGCAUGCGUCCACCGCUCCGUCUCUGUUGUCUACUGUCUCUGGUGCAAUCUACUGUACCUCCACUAUCCAUGCAGCUCCCUCCUCCCUCCUCUCCGUGAUCAGAUGUACCGCUCUUAGUCUCUGUGCUGCAGUAUAAUCUACGUUUGCGUUGUCGUCGA